AUGGAUGACUUCCCCAGCUCUGCUGGCAUCCGGCAGGAGCCAGCCCGAGAUCGCGAUGCUCACUCCAUAGAUUCAGAUCGAGCUGAUCUCUACGACGAAUCCAAUGGCAACGGUAUCGUGACAUAUGCGCCUAAGGAGCGUUUUCGUUUGGGAUAUUUCACUGUCUGCUGUCUGGUGAUCAAUCGCAUGAUUGGCACCGGCAUCUUCAUGUCGCCCCAGCGUGUAAUCCAGGGAACGAUGAGCACUGGCGCAUCACUGCUCUUCUGGGUCGCCGGGAUCAUCUACUGCAUCUGCGGUACUCACGUCUACAUCGAAUACGGCCUGAACAUCCCUCGCUAUGUCAUCAAUGGUGUUGAACAGAGUGUCCCUCGAAGCGGCGGAGAUCUCAAUUACCUUCAAUACGUAUACACGAAGCCCGCCUAUCGUAAAAACACCGUUUUACUUUCGACAUGCAUCUUCGGCAUCUCCUUUAUCAUCCUGGGCAAUAUGGCUGGUAACUCGAUCAAUUUUGCGCAUCGCGUUCUGCUUGCUGCAAACGUUCAGGACCCUUCCAAUGGUGCUGUGAGGGGGAUUGCCAUGGCCGUCGCCACCUUAACCUGCUUUAUUCACGCCAUCUCACGUCGCGGGGGUCUCUGGCUCAAUAACACAUUGGCUAUUGUGAAGGUCGGCAUCAUGCUGCUUAUUAUCAUCACAGCGGCGUGUGUUGGUGGCAAUGCUCUGCCCAAGACAGAGAACGUCUUCACCGACAAUAUCUCUGCGGAUAACUCGUUCCGAGGCGGGUCGAACCAACCAAACGGCUACGCUCAUGCUUUUCUGGCUAUUAUAUUUUCCUUCUCCGGCUUCGAACAGCCCAACUAUGUCUUGGGCGAGAUCAGCCGACCAAGGAAGAAGUUCCCACGCGCCAUGAGCACGGGUGUAGGUAUCGUCUUGGUACUAUACCUCGCUGUCAACCUGAGCUACAUGGUUGUGGUGCCCAAACUCGACCAGAUCAACGUCGAUCGCAGUGUGGCCGAGCAGUUCUUUGAGCUUACCCUUGGCCACCUUGACGGCGGCAGGGAUACUGGACUUCGGAUCUUCAAUGGUCUUCUGGCAGUGUCUUCAUUGGGCAACAUCAUUGUCAUGACGUACACUGCGGCCCGUGUCAAGCAAGAGAUUGCCAAAGAAGGCAUUCUUCCCUUUCCCAAGUUCUUCUCUCAGAACACAGACAUGAGUGUUGGUCGAGUCAUGCGAUGGUUCCAAAAGCACGGCAUGUUCAAGUCAAUUAUGCGCUUAAGUUGGUUCUCGCCCGAAGAACACAGCGAGAAGACGCCGGUCGGCGCGCUCGUGCUUCAUUUCGUCAGCUGUCUUGUUCUCAUCUUCGCCACGUGGGGCAUGAAACCCACGGAGGCGUACACUCUACUCACUUCGUGGAGCGCCUAUGUUGUUACUGCUUUCAUGAGUACAUUUCUCGGACUUGGAAUUCUGAUUCUUCGCUUCCGCGGCCCGCCUCCGACGGCCGUAAACCGGGACGGCGACGAACCCAACGACCAAACCAUCCCAGAAAACCCUACCUGGACAGAUUUGACAGGAAAGGGCAUCAACCCGGUGGUGAGCAUUAUCGCUGCCUCUGUAUACAUGGCUGGCGGCUUGUACCCAGUGAUCGCGACCUGGGUGCCUCCAACAGGUCUCUAUGAACAGCUCACCAAACCGAAGGCGGAAUGGUGGAUCGUCCCAACCGUCUCAUGGUGCGUCAUUGGCCUCGGAAUUGCAUGGUUUCUCGGCUUCGUUGGCGUGGCGAAGCACAUCGACCGCAAGGACCACCGCGUGUUUGUUGUCGAGAAGCGACCAGAGUUUGAGCCCGCAGAGGGGUCGGGCAAGAACGAUGUUGAGGGUAGUAGUGGACGUGUCGACCCGAGGAGAAGUGGUGGGCUGGUGCAGGUGCAUGAGACGGUGUACCUCAGUUGGGUGGGCAGAGAGACAUUGCGACAAAGACGGCAAGGAACUGCGGAUGGCGACGGAACUCAGAUGGAGGAGAGACGGGAGUCAAAUCUGUCACCCUAUGCGGGUACCGAUUUCGAUGGCUAUUUUACGAAUCUAAAUGCGACACCAGGGCAGGGAAGAUACCAGUACUAG